ACGUCAGCAGGACACGUCAGCAGGACACGUCAGCAGGACACGUCAGCCGACAGAGCAGGAAAUACCACGUCAGCAGGCCCCCGGCCUGGUAUAUGCUGUUGCGGUCACAAACAACCGUCAUGGACCAGAGGUCCGGAGAAGCAGACGAGGCCUAUCAAGCCCGGAUCUUGGCUUGGAGUACCGAAACAAAGAAACGGGCGGAUGACGCAGCAGCAGCAGCGAAGAAGAAGGCAGAGGAUGCCGAGCAGGCACGUCUGCUGGCACUUGAACAACAACGCCAGCAUGACGAGGCAGCAGCAAGGGCUGCCGAUGAAGAAAGAAACCAACGUCGUGAGAAGGUAUUUAGCGAAGAGCAGACUUUGCUCACAAUGGCAGCGGCAUGGCGGACCGAGGCCGAGAAUGGCAAGUUGGAGGAUUGCGAAAACAAGAUCGCUCUCCUCGUCUCGCAUCUCACAGACCUCCUGGCAACCUGCAUUACACAGCAGGAGGAUAUCCACAGCCUCGACGACUCGCUAGCUCAAGUACAAGGCCGCCUUCAGCAGCUGGAGCAACAACCUGUCGCCGCCCCCGAUGCAAGCUCUUCCAAUACCUCCGAUCGCCUCGAAGCGUUCGAGAUGGACGUUGGUUCCCUCAUGGACGGCGUGCAGUUACAGCAGACCGCAACGCAACAGUUGCAGCAGCGGAUCUGUACUACCGCCAAUACCUCAAGUUCGAAACCGCGCGAGACAACUCCAAAGUUUGACGGGCAGGAGAUCUUUUGCGACUCGACCAAGACAGAUCCGGUUCCAUGUUUCCGCAAGUUCGAGCUCACGCUGCAACUACACAAUGUCAAAGAACACAAGUACCACCAUGCAUACUUGUACUCUCGCUCAGGGGGCGCGUGCCAGGCUUGGUUGGACAACCUCUUGUCCAAGUACGGAGUGGUAGCUAACGACUUGCACACCAAGAUCAGUUGGGAUGAUCUGAAGGCAGCGUGGCACAAGCGGUUCCAAGUCGAGCCGCCAGAGAUCAAGGCUAUGGACAAGCUCAUGGUCUUCGAACAAGGCACGCUGUCGAGUACCGAUUGGAUCGCUGAGUACCAACGCUUGACGUCAGUCCUAGACAUCCAGAUGGACUUCAAAGCCAUCCGCCACUAUUUUAUCUCAAGGUCCUGUCCGACAUUAAGCAAUGCCCUGACUCAUGUCGAGGACACCUUGACGACAACGGCGGAACUUUUUGACAAGGCCGCACAGAUCAUCAUUAUGAACAAGGAGGCUAAGAACCUGCGUUUGUCUGCGGCAGGUCCGAGCAGGGACCAGCAUCGGCCAAGAGUGGUCGUGGUCGCGGCGGCAACACAGUUUGACCAAACCAGCGAGGUUGUGUCUGCCAGUGAAGGGGACAGACUUGCACCCGCCCGGGAAGGUGGCCGCCCCGGCAGAGGUCGAGGACGCGGCAAGACGAAGACACACACCGCAUCUAGCCCCGGGCCCGACGCAGCAGCUCCUGCCCCUUGGUCCCAAUAUGGCAUCUCCGAGCAAGCAUUCAAGGCGCACACGAGAUUCCACUACUGCCUAUGUGGUUCUUCACGGGAAUCGACGCGUGAGUUCAACAUAGAGGUAUUGGACCCGCUCACGUCCAAGGACUUUGCAUGGCUUCCUCUCCCGACCACGGGCCGCUUGCCGGGACCGCAAGGCGCAGCACUAUGCGCUCAUCUCCACACUUACUUAUCCUUCUAUGCCCCACCAACUUCGCCGACGGAUGACAAAGUCCCGGUGGGGGACAUCCUUGCGUAUACUACCAAGGUGGCCCACGAGUUUCGCACGCAGCGAUACAAUGACAACAACGCACCGCUCAUGUAUGUCCGCAUUCAAGUUGGGCAAGCAUCCUGCAGCGCUUUGCUGGAUAGCGGCGCGUCUUGCAAUUUCAUGAGUCAAUCCUUUAUGCAAAGGGCCAGCCUUCGGGCACAAGUUCGGAGGAAGGCAAACCCGACGGCGAUCAAGUUGGCAGAUGGAAAGACGCAACAACUUCUCGACCGUUACAUCGAGGCCGUACCGGUCUAUUUCGCACCUCAUGCAUGCGAACCGGUGACAUUCGAUAUUCUCGACACGGACUUCGACAUCAUUCUGGGAACGCCUUGGCUUGCAAGUGCGGAUCACACCGUCAACUCCCACCGACGGACUCUUAGCGUUCGUGACGCCUUCGACGCGGAAGUGGCAUGUAUUAUUCCUCUACCGCACCCUUCGAUUCGGUGCCAAGUGGUGACGACCAAAUCAUUCCGGGCGACUUGCGCUUACGAGCAGCCCGAGGAAAUCGGCCUAUGUUUCCUACGGACCAUCGCGGUAGCCGACUCUUCACCCACGGACUUGUCUUCAGACCCCCAGGUGGUGCGGUUGCUGGACGAGUUCGCCGACAUCUUCGAGUCACCUAUCGGUGUGGUGCCGGAUCGGCCGAUCUCUCACGAGAUCAUUCUUGAGGCCGGUGCCAUGCCGCCGAAAGGUUGCGAUCAUCUUAGGCAUCUUCAACGAGUGUUGGAGACGUUCCGCCGCGCCAAGUACAAGGCCAACCGCGACAAGUGGGAAUUUGUACGGCAAGAGCUGGAGUACUUGGGCCAUUUUGUCACACCGGAGGGCAUCAGUCUGCUAUCGGAUAAGAUUCAAGCCAUCCAAGAGUGGUCGGAGCCUCGGAACGUCACGGAUGUGCGUUCAUUCCUUGGCCUCGCCGGCUACUACCAGCUCCUCGAGCAACAUGAUGGUGUGGACUGGCACCCGGUCGAGUAUUUCAGCAAGAAAGUGUUCGUCGUGCAUUCCAUUGACGAUGCACGCAAGAAGGAGCUCCUCUCCUUCGUCCACGCGCUCAAGUGGUGGCGGCACUUCCUCCUUGGUCGAAGCCAAUUUCGAUGGGUAACGGACAACAAUCCGUUGGUCUUUUACAAGACCCAAGACACCAUCAACAUCACCAUCGCUCGAUGGAUGGCUUUCAUCGACCAGUUCGACUUUUUUCCCGAUCACAUUCCCGGGAAGUCGAACCAUUUUGCGGAUGCUCUUUCACGGCGUCCGGAUCAUUGUACCGUGGUUUACUCAACCUUCGAGAUCGACGAUGACCUGCGGAACAGCUUCAUCCGCGGCUACCAAGUCCACCCCGAGUUCCGCGACAAGUACGCGAAUUGCUCCUCUCCUAAUCCGGCGCCUUCUCACUACCGAAUCCAAGAGGGAUACUUGCUUGUCCACACGCGGGGGAAGGACCUUCUUUGCGUACCAAGUGAUCCUCACUUGCGUACAUGGCUUCUUGGCGAGUUCCACGAUACUCCCACCACCGGACACUUUGGAGUCAAUCGCACGAUUGGCCGACUUCGCGAGCGAUUUUGGUGGCCCGGCCUUCUCGGCGACGUCACGCGUUAUUGCGAGUCAUACGAUGUUUGCCGACGCUGCAAACCCCACAACCAUCGUCCGUACUGCGAGUUACGACCAUUACCGGUCCCAUUGAGGCGAAGGAAAGCGAUUGCCAUGGACAUUACCGACCCGUUCCCCAAGCACAAGACCGGAGUGGAUGGGAUUCUCACGGUGGUCGACCGACUCACAAAGUUCGCCAUGUUUUUGCCUUGUCGAUUUCAUGCCAAGGCACCGAAGUUGGCCGAGGUCGGAUCGCUUCAAGCGACCGGAAAGCCAACAGGCUGUCACGCAGGGUUUUGGAUAUGAUUGCAAUAAAUAAAAUAAAUUAAUUAAAGCAAA